ACUGCCAACCGUUUUGACACAUUUGGUUAAGAAAAAAAAAUAGUUCAACUAAGGGAACACUUUCUUUUCUAUAUAGUUCCAAGUGCAUGCGUGGUCAUUUUCGUUAAAAUAUUUUCAAUAGAAAUAUAAAUACUAAGCAGAACAUAUAUAGACUACGUGAGAUAGUUUACUUUGCUCUUUUAAAUGGCAGAGACUGUGGCCGAAGCCGUAAAAGAAGCGGUGGAGAAUGCAACCAGUGAAACUAUAACAAAUGAAAAGGUUCCUGCAACACCAGAGGGUAUUGUGGUAGCCUACGGUAGUUUGGUAGUAAUGGCUAUGCUCCCUAUAGUGUUUGGAUCUAUGCGUUCUGUCAAAUUGCACAAACUUAAGAAGGUUAGUGGCGAAAAAGCUGAAACCAUGACUAAAAAGGACGCAAUGUUUUUCCCUGUCAUCGCCUCAGCUGCGCUCUUCGGUCUAUACAUGUUCUUCAAAAUUUUUUCUAAAGAUCAUAUAAAUCUCCUUCUUACGGGAUAUUUCUUCUGUUUGGGUGUGAUUGCCCUGGCACAUCUUCUUAGUCCCAUUGUAAAUUCAUUAAUGCCUACGGCAGUCCCGAAAAUACCUUUCCAUAUGCAUUUCACAAAAGGAGAGGGCAAGCACAAGGAAGAUAUCAUAAACUACAAAUUUUCAACGUAUGACAUCAUUUGUUUGGCAAUUUCGUCGGGAAUUGGCGUGUGGUAUUUAUACAAAAAGCAUUGGAUAGCUAAUAACAUGUUUGGAUUGGCAUUUGCUGUAAACGGAGUAGAACUUCUCCAUCUAAAUAAUAUUGUGACUGGAUGUAUUUUGCUAAGUGGGUUGUUCUUCUACGACAUUUUCUGGGUAUUCGGAACAAACGUCAUGGUCACAGUUGCCAAAAGUUUCGAAGCACCUAUAAAACUGGUUUUCCCACAAGAUUUACCAACAAACGGCUUAAGUGGAACCAAUUUUGCAAUGUUGGGCCUGGGUGAUAUAGUAAUACCUGGAAUCUUUAUAGCAUUACUUCUGCGAUUCGACCAUAGCUCUAAACGAAAGAGCCGUAUUUACUUCUAUUCCACACUUGUAGCAUAUUUUCUGGGACUUUUGGCAACAAUAUUCGUAAUGCAUGUUUUCAAACAUGCGCAGCCGGCACUGCUUUACCUAGUUCCCGCUUGCAUGGGAACUCCACUAUUGGUCGCUUUAGUGAGAGGAGAAUUGAAGACACUUUUUGCUUACGAAGAUCAUCCUGAAGAAAAACCAGAGAAAAAAGAUAAUAAAGAAGGAUCUGGUCCUGUUAGUGGAACAAAUAAAAAGAAAGAAUCUAAGAAAGCCAAAUGAACUUUUUCUGCUCGAAAUACAUAAGCGAAACUUCUUUGGAUCGUAUCUUCAAAUAUUUAUUUGAUUUUUUAAGCCAACGUUACAUUUAUUCGCAUUUCUUUUAAUCGGUACAAGCCAAAGUUUUUGAAUAAAUGUGUUUUGGCAAACUUCCAUUUAGCAUAGCAAUUAGAGAAUAUUUUUUAAUUAACUUAUUGCAAGCACAAAAUUAAAAUGUGAAAUGAUGUCUGUACAUCGGUCUUCUAUAUGAAGGCCAAAUAAAAUUGCAACAAACAGUCCUAAAUAUCAAAUAGAAUCUUUAUACCAGUUUUAUUUUUAAUAAACUAUUUUGCAAUUCGAAA